AUGGGAGGCGACCUCAACCUGAAGAAAUCCUGGCAUCCGCACUUGCGCAAGAAUCAAGAGAGGGUAUGGAAAGAGGAGAAGUCUGCGCUCGAGGAGCGCAAAUUGAUCGAGAAACUUCGCAAGGAACGCGAAGAAGAAGCACAAAUCGAGGAGCUUCAACGAUUGCAAGCUGAGAAUGGCGGCAAAGUCGUGCAGCGACGGGUAGACUGGAUGUACGCGGGCCCAAGUGGUGAUGCAGGCGUUACGGAGGAGCGCGAGGGCUACCUACUGGGCAAGCGCAGGAUUGACAAUCUGUUGAAAGACAACGACACACAGAGCCUACAGAAAGGUGCUGCCGUCGGCAUCGAUGCCGCCGCUGCCGAUCCCAACGCGAAUAACGCUCGCGACACGCAAAAGAAAGUCCUGCAAGAUCCGCUCCUCAUGAUACAAAAGCAGAAGAUGGAGAUGCAGUUGAAGGCUAUGAAGGACGCGCAGAAAGAGGCCAAAUAUGCUGAGAAGCGCGAGAAAGAGAAAGAGCGAGAGCGAAAGCACAAACAUCGGGAUAGGGAGCGGAGCAGAGAGCGAGAGCACAAACACAGCCGGCGUCAUCGAUCACGCUCGCCGCGCAGGAGGGAGGAUCGCGACGAUCGUCGCGAUCGUGACAGCCACCGUAGACGGUCAAGAUCUCGCUCACGAUCACCCUAUCGCAAGCACGGCAGCCGGCGAGAUCGUUCUCAAUCACCGCGUAGGAGAGAGGAUCGUGGCGACCUUCGCGACCGCCAUACAUACCGACGACGGGAUCGCACGCCGCCUAGAAAACAACCUAAUGAUGCUGAAGCCCAUCAGAGCGCGGCCGAUCGUCUCGCCGCUAUGCAAGCAGAGGCGACAUCGCUCGAGGAGCAGCGGGCCGAGCGUGUUCGACAACAGGAAAUCAAGGAUAGAGAGGAGGAGGAAAAGCAGAAGAUACAAAAGGACGGUGGACGUCGCUUCAUCUCGAGCAUGCGCGGGCAAGCUUCCAACAUGGAUCUAGGCGAUGCGAUCGCUCGUGGACGCCAGAAUCUAAGGGCAGAGGUUGACGCUUGA